AUGAGCUUCCUCUGCAAGCGGAGCAGGGACCAUGAGUUCGAGCUCAAGAUUGAGCAGCUGGAGCGUGACACGGCAACGCUUCGCGAGGACUUGACGAACCUGUUCUCCAGGCUGGCCAAGACAUGCACUGCGAUCGAGGAGAAAAACUCAGCCCAGGCGAUGGACCUCAUGUUCGUCCAGGCAACCACGGAGACGCUCGAAGAUUUGACAGGCCGCCUGGAGCAAUUGGAGCUGGCACGGGAGGAGAGUGUCGGCCGCCAGAACCAGGUUCUGAAGUCCUUCGGGCGAGACCUGCAGCACCUGGCGUCAAGGCUGGACGGCCAUGAUGCACGGAGUGCGGCCAGCAAGGCGAUGGCAGACAAAGUGACCUCUUCCCACGAGGUGUUCCGCAGCGAGAUUGAGCAGCGCUUCGAGGUGAUGGCGCAGCGCCUGGAGGAGGUGCGUGCUGCUUCGGAUGAAAUCAGAGAGACGCAGCAGGUGGUGUCCGAGCAAUGUGCAGAGGAUCUCAAUGAGUUGCAGCAGGCGGCCAAGGCCCAGGCAACGCAGCAGGAAGAGGAGCUCCCGACUUGCUUGAACGAAGAGAAGAAACAACUGUAA